UCAUGUAUUACACUUCUCAGUAGACGAGGCUCCUUAUUUUCUUAGUCAUCUGCCUCCUUAUUUUCUGCCUUAUUCGAGUUUUCGCUCCACCUUAAGCAGAACGUCUGCUAAGCUGUGCCAUCUUUCUGCUUCGUAGUGAACUACUUGGCUAAUUUAGCCGGCUGAGUGAAGGCCUUCAAAACCAAACGCCUCAGGUUUUUAAAAAAAGAUUUGACUGACCGACUAGAACUGUCCUCUCUCCGCCUCCCUGUAGCAGAUUUCAGCAUGGUCAUCCCCGUUAACCGGCUCAGAUGGGCUAAUCCACAACACAAAGCUUAACCUACUACAGACAAUUGCAAAGGAGCCUGAGGAAACAAUACCAGACCACCUCCAGCAGGCGGUUUUAUCGCUUUCCCCUCGUUUUUUCUCGCCACAAGCUCUUCGUUUUCCUCAUACGUUCUUCAAAGGUAUAAAUUCAGGCGAACAUGUAAACCCUGGCACGCACUUGUGCUGCUGGAGAAUCUUUUAAGGAGGACUAGACUACCUUUUGAUUGAAAUGAAGUCGAAUUGAACGGAUGGUUCGUGGAGACAGAAGAGCCAGAGUUUGCUCAAGGAGAGGAAUAUUUCAUGGUGAGGAGAAGUAAAGUUGGUCUACUGAAGCUGAAGAGAUGGACGCGGCGCCUAAAGAUGGAGCUGCUGUGGGGCUUGUGGGUGACCUCCACAAGUCCGACACCCUUAACUCGACGGGCUCGGGCGGGGGCCGCAGGAGGACUGGAGGAGCUAAGAAGCAGAUGCAGGCCAACAAGUCCAAACUACGGGCCCCCAGAGCGCUAUGCUGCCUGACCCUCAGCAACCCCAUCCGCAUGGCCGCCCUCGCCCUAGUGGAGUGGAAGCCCUUUGAUAUAUUUAUCUUGUUAGCCAUCUUUGCCAACUGUGUUGCCCUCGGUGUAUCGAAGCCGUUUCCUGAAGAUGAUUCCAAUGCCACCAAUCACAAUCUGGAACAAGUGGAAUACAUCUUUCUGGUGAUUUUCACUAUUGAGACCUUCACAAAGAUCCUGGCCUACGGUCUGGUCAUGCACCCUAGUGCCUACAUCCGCAGCGGUUGGAACUUACUGGAUUUCGUCAUCGUCAUUGUCGGGUUGUUCAGUGUGGUAGCAGAGAUGGGGGAACACAAACCUGGUGAUGCUCAUCAUGCAGCAGGUAAACCUGGAGGUCUGGACGUAAAAGCCCUCCGAGCCUUCAGAGUAUUACGACCCCUCCGCCUCGUCUCCGGCGUGCCCAGUCUACAGAUUGUGUUGAACUCUAUUAUGAAGGCGAUGGUUCCUCUGCUGCACAUCGGUCUGUUGGUCAUGUUUGUCAUCAUCAUUUACGCCAUCAUCGGCCUGGAGCUGUUCAUUGGCAGGAUGCACAAAACCUGCUUCUACGUUGGGACAGAGCUGUAUGUUGAUGAUGACCCCACACCGUGUGCAUUUGCGGGUAAUGGUCGUUUCUGUGUGGGAAACAAUACUGAGUGCAGAGGAGGCUGGGAGGGCCCUAACGGCGGCAUCACCAACUUCGACAACAUCUUCUUCGCCAUGCUUACUGUCUUCCAGUGCAUCACUAUGGAGGGGUGGACUGACGUUUUGUAUUGGAUGAACGAUGCAAUUGGUUUUGAGCUGCCCUGGAUUUAUUUUGUGUCUCUGGUCAUCUUUGGCUCCUUCUUUGUCCUGAACCUUGUAUUGGGUGUGUUGAGCGGUGAAUUCUCUAAGGAAAGAGAGAAGGCUGUGUGUCGUGGAGAGCUGCAGAAGGCUCAGGAGAAGCAGCAGAUGGAGGAAGACAUGGUGGGCUACAUGGACUGGCUCAUUGAGGCUGAGGACAUGGAUGAAGAUGGCAAUAAACGUGCUGUGGUGGCAAAAAAAAAGAUGAUGAAGAAAUAUGGCUGGUAUAAACACAAUGAAGAUGGAGAAUCGGAUUCAGACUCAGAGUUUGAGGCUUUCCUGGAUGAUGACAAUGGCUGCUGCGCUUCUAUACAGGCAAAGUUGAUGGCUAUAAGUUUCUGUGAGCAGCUGUACCAUUUGAACCUGGUCUUUAGGAAAAACUGUCGGGUGGCGGUGAAGUCCAGCAAUUUCUACUGGCUGGUGCUGCUGCUGGUGUUUCUCAACACAGCAGCGAGUGCAUCAGAGCAUUACGGCCAGCCACAGUGGCUCACUGAUAUACAGGAACGUGCUAAUAAGAUCCUGCUGGCAUUGUUUACCAUGGAGAUGCUGAUGAAGUUGUACAGCUUUGGCUUCCAGAUCUACUUCACAGCUCUGUUUAAUCGCUUUGACUGCUUCGUGGUCUGUGGUGGAAUUCUAGAGACAGUGCUGGUGGAGAUGGAUGUGAUCCCACCCAUUGGCAUCUCUGUGCUGCGCUGCGUCCGCCUGCUCCGAAUCUUCAAAGUCACCCGUCACUGGGCCGCUCUGUCAGAUCUGGUCACUUCUCUGCUGAACUCAAUGAAGGCCAUCUGCUCUCUGCUACUGCUGCUCUUCCUCUUCCUCAUCAUCUUUGCUUUGCUGGGCAUGCAGCUGUUCGGAGGCAAGUUCAACUUCGACGAGACUCAGAUGAAGAGGAGCACCUUCGACACCUUUCCCUCUGCCCUGCUCACCUGCUUCCAGAUUCUGACUGGAGAGGACUGGAACUCAGUGAUGUAUGACGGAAUCAUGGCAUACGGUGGGCCCAUUUUUCCCAACAUGAUCGUUUGCAUCUACUUUGUAAUUCUCUUCGUAUGUGGUAACUACAUCCUGCUGAAUGUCUUUUUGGCUAUCGCAGUGGACAACUUGGCUGGAAGUGGCAGCAAAAAGAAAAAACAGGAGGUGAAGCCAGAAGAGGAGGAGUGGGAGGACGAUGAAGACAGAGAGGAAGAUGAAGCUGGAAAUGAGGCGGAUGACUGGGAGGAGAAUGAAGAGUUGAGAGCGAUUGAGGGUCUAGAGGGUAGCGUUCCAAUGAAAGUGGAAAGCUUUCAACCUAAAGAGAAAAUCGUCCCCAUUCCUGAUGGCAGCUCCUUUUUCAUCCUUGGGAAGAAAAACUGCCUCCGAGUGGCCUGUCACAACCUCAUUUAUCAUCCUUACUUCACCAACUUCAUCCUCAUCUUCAUCAUCCUUAGUAGUUUCUCUCUGGCUGCAGAAGACCCCAUCAAAACUCAUUCUGUCCGCAAUGUCAUGCUGGGCUAUGCUGAUUAUGUCUUCACCACUGUCUUCACCAUUGAGAUCAUAUUGAAGAUGACGGUAUAUGGAGCUUUCCUUCAUCCUGGCUCUUUCUGCCGAAAUGCCUUCAAUCUAUUAGAUCUACUGGUCGUCAGUGUGUCCCUGAUAUCUUUCUUCCUGCAUUCGAGUGCUAUCUCCGUGGUGAAGAUUUUGAGAGUGCUGCGAGUGCUCAGGCCUCUCCGAGCCAUCAACCGUGCCAAAGGACUAAAGAGCGUGAUCCAGUGCGUGUUUGUGGCUAUCCGCACCAUCGGCAACAUCCUUAUUGUCACCACUCUCCUUCAGUUCAUGUUCGCCUGUAUCGGCGUGCAGCUCUUCAAGGGUCGUUUCUAUCGGUGCACAGACGAGGCCAAACACACACCAGAAGAGUGCAAGGGCACGUUUGUAGUGUAUAAGGAUGGGGAUAUGAAUCACCCCAUGGUAAAGGAGAGAUUUUGGGUGAACAGUGACUUCAACUUUGACAACGUGCUGAUGGGGAUGCUAGCACUCUUCACUGUCUCGACAUUUGAAGGCUGGCCCCAGCUUCUGUAUAAAGCUAUUGAUGCCAAUGCUGAGAAUAGAGGUCCCAUCUACAACUACCGUGUAGAGAUCUCCAUCUUCUUCAUCAUCUACAUCAUCAUCAUUGCCUUCUUUAUGAUGAACAUCUUCGUGGGCUUCGUCAUCAUCACAUUCCGCGAACAGGGAGAGGCCGAGUUCAAAAACUGCGAGUUGAACAAAAAUCAAAGGCAGUGUGUUUAUUACGCCCUGAAAGCUCAACCUAUAAAGAUCUACAUACCCAAAAACCCGUCACAGUUAAAGUUCUGGAAGAUCAUCAACUCCUCUCAGUUUGAGUACAUCAUGUUUGUUCUCAUUCUGCUCAACACACUUACGCUGGCUGUACAGCACUACGAGCAGUCCAAGCUGUUUAACUUUGUCAUGGACAUCCUGAACAUGAUCUUCACCACACUCUUCACCAUUGAGAUGAUCAUCAAACUGCUCGCUCUGCGGCCAUACCACUAUUUUAUAGAUGCCUGGAAUUCAUUUGAUGCUUUGAUAGUGGUGGGGAGUUUGGUGGAUAUCAUGAUAGCAGAGUUUAGUGGCGGAGGAGGUCAUGGAGAGGGGAAGGGAGAUGGAGAGAGUUCGAAAGUGUCCAUCACGUUCUUCCGUCUCUUCCGAGUCAUGCGAUUGGUCAAGCUGCUAAGUAAGGGGGAGGGAAUUCGCACUCUUCUCUGGACCUUUGUUAAGUCCUUACAGGCCUUACCUUACGUCGGCCUUCUCAUCGCUAUGAUCUUUUUCAUCUAUGGCGUAAUUGGGAUGCAGAUAUUUGGGAAGAUUGCUAUAGAUGACAUUACAGAGCUCAAUCGGAAUAACAACUUUCAGACCUUCUUCAUGGCAGUGCUGCUGCUCUUCAGAUGUGCAACAGGAGAGCAGUGGCAGGAGAUUAUGCUGGCAGCAUUGCCGGGGCGACGAUGUGACCCCGAGUCGGACUUUGAGCCAGGAGAGGAGUACACCUGUGGAAGUAACCUUGCUUACUUAUACUUUAUCAGCUUCUUUGCUCUCUGCGCCUUUCUGAUCAUUAAUUUGUUUAUUGCUGUCAUCAUGGACAACUUUGAGUAUCUGACUAGAGAUUGGACAGUGCUGGGCACUCACCAUCUGGAUGAGUUUAAGAGAGUGUGGUCAGACUAUGAUCCAGAAGCCACAGGAAGAAUUAAGCACCUGGAUGUUGUGACCAUGUUACGCAGAAUUCAGCCACCACUGGGUUUUGGUAAACUCUGUCCUCAUCGGGUCGCCUGUAGGAGGCUGGUUGCUAUGAACGUGCCACUCCAUCCCGAUGGCACGGUGUCCUUCAAUGCUACCUUGUUUGCUCUUGUGAGGAAUUCACUCAAGAUUAAAACUGAAGGACCGAUUGACCAGGAGAAUGAAGAGCUGAGAGCCAUUAUUAAGAAGAUUUGGAAGCGCACCAAACCUAAGCUCUUAGAUGAAGUUAUACCGCCCCCUGCAGGAGAUGAAGUGACUGCUGGAAAGUUCUAUGCCAGUUUUCUCAUCCAGGAUUACUUCAAGAAGUACCGUAAGAGGAAGGAGAAAGAAAAGAAGAAGAAGGGAAAGGACAAGUCAGCCUCACUUCAGGCUGGGCUGCGGACCCUGCAGGAUCUGGCCCCAGAGAUGCGGCUGGCCAUGGCCAUGGAGGAGGGGCAGGAGGAGGGGUUUGAGGGAGAGAUGACAGAGGAGGAGGAGUUCUUUAGGAGUGACAGUGUGUUCAGCGAUGCGGCUUCCAUGUCCACCCCAGGGGGUACGCCUUUGCCCCCACACCUGGACGAGGUGAUGGUCAGCAUCGAGCCAAUGUCCAGAAUCCCCAACGGGACCCUGAUGCUGGAGGAGGCUCUGGAGGACUUGAGGCCGACCUCAGCUCUCUCCAAUAAUGAGGUGGUGAUGGAGCAGCCUUUGAGGCGCUCACCCCUGCCCAGAAGGUGGGCCGCCAGUCACUACAAACUCAACUCACUCUGGGCACUAAAUAUCGGCUCAAGGCCACCCAGCGCUGAGUUCCCACCUCCUCCAGACACAGCAGUGCAGGGUGGAGUAGGUGGGAGUGAAGGGGGAGGAGGAGGAGGAGGAGGAGGAGGUGCAGAGGUGACAGGAGGAGAAGCACCAGUGACGGGUGCAGCGGAACAGAGUCAUAUCAUCAAGGAAGAGACUGAGAGCACAGCUUCACAUGAUAGACAAUGCUAUCCAGAAGCCCCACCCCGAGAGCAGACCACACCCUCUCCAGUGCCCAGUCCUGCUAAUGGCAGUGUGACCCCAGCACAGCCAAGCAAUGUCACCACAGCCAGCAAUGGUUACCAAAGCAAUGUGCAGCCAGCAAAUGGCUACAACGGGAGCGCUUACCCACAGAAUGGCUACAACGAGAAUGCUUACCAAAGCAAUAGUUACUCUGGGAACGGUUAUUCUGGGAACGGUUACUCCAGUAACGGUUACAGUGCCAGUGGACACAGCACUAACGGUUACAAUGGUAACGGACAAAAUGGUAAAGGAUAUCCAGCUCGACGACGCCUCCUUCCUCAGACACCUUCAGGACGGAAGCCAAAUUUUAAUAUACAGUGUUUGAGGAGACAGGACAGUAUGGAUGAUUUACCCAUCCCCGGCACUUACCACCAGAAUUCCCCUCCUUCCAGAACACAUGCACAGACUCAAAACAGUUAUGACUCUCGGCGCAGCAGUGUGUCCUCAGCGGCUUCAUCAGCCUCCUGGGCAAACAACCAGGCAAGGAAAGGCCGUCUUCUUUACGCCCCCCUCAUCUUGGUGGAUGAGGUGGGAGGCACUCAGCCAGUGUGGGGCGACACCAACGGCAGUGCCAGCCUGCCGGCCUCAGCCCGAGCUGGGUGGAACGCAGGCCAGGGUAUCCCUGUGUCCCAACAGCAGCGAACAUACACCUCCUUGAGGGUGCCCUCCCAGCACAGCCCUGGCUACAUGGAGAAGGGAAGCGCAGACAGCCUUGUGGAGUCGAUCCUGAUAUCUGAGGGCUUGGGUCUCUACGCUAAAGAUCCAAAAUUUGUAGACUUUGCAAAACGCGAGAUUGCUGAUGCGUGUCACAUGACCCUGGAUGAGAUGGAGACAGCCGCGACUGACUUGCUGAGUCGAAGCACAGCGGGGCAACCAGUCGGCCGCUUUGAGGAAGACCUGUCUGAUGAGAUGAACUGUGUGAUUUCAUACUGAGGGACUUCAGUCCAGGAGAGCAAGAGAAAAUGAGAGAGGAAACUGAAGCUGUAUUCGUUUUCCACAGGAGGUUCCAUAAUGUAACUUGUAUUGGAUUUGAGUGGCUAAUUUGUACUGAUUAAAGUGUUUGUGUAAUUUCCAUGAAUGACCACAGGUAGCCUGGAUUGAAAGGCCAUAGCCAAGAUGUAGACGUCAGCCUUCCACCACAGGACACUCAAUAACAAUAAAAACACAGAGCAUUGCCGUGACUAUUAGAAGGUUUUGCUGUUACAUUACAGUCAGGACAGUUUGAUUUAAACAAGUUUACUUUUCCAGAGUGAACUCCAGGUUCCAUCCAGGAAUUAUUACUUUUAUGUACGAUGUACACUGCAGAUUCUUACGGGUUUAAAAUCACUAAUACUAUAGUGCCUCCUCUGGUAAAACAAAUGCAGUCAUAGGGCUUUUGAGAGAGAACGUUAAGGCAGAGGCAAGAAGUUGGAAAAGCAAGGAAGUUGUAAGAGAGUUGAAGAGUUGAAAGAGAAAGCAGGGAAGUUAAGGUGAAAGUGGCUAAAUGGGUCAUUUUUAUGCUACUUUUCCUAAUUCACUCAAGUGUCUUGACGUGUGCAUGUUCAACACUUGAUGAUUCCAUAGCCCUUACUGAGCUGCACAGGCUUCUACAUUUGGAAUGGAUAUGAAUUUGGUUCUGACUGUUCUGAAGUUCUGAAGACUUAAAUGAUAGGAGCCUAAAAGAGUGGAGCAAGAAUUUAAAGAGGCAAGGGCCUCUGAGCACAACAUUGAGGUUUAGGAACAAAAAAAAAUGUAUAAGCAGCCAUGGGCAAAUAUUACGAUACAAAUCUGCCUCACAGAUGUUUUCAGAGAACGUCUUCUGAUAUGCUGACCAGUACUUGAGCUGAAUAAAGCAUAUUGAAAUGUUGCAGUUAUAAUGUUCUAUAUAAGGUUUCCCAAAGACAGUGCUGGACAUUUUUGCCACACUUACUGUGUCUCAUACCAUCUGUUCUUAUAAUUAUUUUCCGAGUAGAACAACUGUCCAGUAUUCCUUAUAACAGGACUCUUUUAUAUGGCACUACUGUCAGACUUACAGAAAGCAUAGUCUUACUUUGAGGUUUAAUCACUCAAAUGAAUUUGUGUCUAUUACGGAUUAAAUGAAUUCCCAGUUAAGCAAUAUUAGCAUUUUAGUAUUUUGUUCUUCAUUUAAGUCUGAGUAUAAAUAGCAAAAAGUGAAAAUGCACAUUCUCAAAUGGAAAUACUCCCUUUUUUAUUUCUGCAGCACAGAAAAUAUUCCCAGUUUGGUACUAGCCCUGUUAUUGUGACUGCUGAUACUCCAGUGUUUUGUGAGUCUAAUAAAAUGAGAGUUAUUUUAUA